AUGACUCCAGAUAUGGUGAGGAUGUGUCGCGUCGGCUCUCUCUCUCUUCUGGUGUGUGUGGCAGUGGUGGUUAGUGGUGAGGAAUUAUCGUCUUUGGGAGGCGAUUCACACAACGACGAGACGACUGCCCACGGCAACGUCAGCAAGAUAGAUCGUGGUCCAGCGCGCUUCAACUUCUCCCAUGAGGUGAAGCAGCCCAUGUACGGUAACUUCUACGGCCAUGCAUCCCAACGUGACGGAGAUCGUAUCGACGGUAGCUACUACGUCCUCCUCCCCGACCGUCGCCUUAUGACCGUAAACUACUAUGCUGACACCUCCGGCUACCAUCCUACGGUAUCCUACAGUCCCAUCCAGGCAACGGGGAUGUUCCAGAACUUCCUCUUCGGCGCCGAGGCCAAGUCAGGAUGGGGAAUGAAGGUGUCUUCUGGGGCCGCCUCCUCCUCAACCCCGUCACCACUUCUUACAGCAUUCGGUACACAGAGACCCGCCAACACUCUCUCUGGCGCCUCAUCACUGGUUACUAGGACGGUCGUGCCAGCCAAUAGCGUUACUCCAAGACCCCAAGGUGCAGCGGUGCCGACCAAUCGCGUUACUCCAAGACCCCAAGGUGCAGCGGUGCCGACCAAUCGCGUUACUCCAAGACCCCAAGGUGCAGCGGUGCCGACCAAUCGCGUUACUCCAAGACCCCAAGGUGCAGCGGUGCCGACCAAUCGCGUUACUCCAAGACCCCAAGGUGCAGCGGUGCCGACCAAUCGCGUUACUCCAAGACCCACGACUGCGAGGACUAACACAGGCUAUAUAUACACAGCUCCCACGACCAGACGACCUGUAGUCACGACAACACGUCCUCCAACAACAACAACUCGUCCUCGACCGACAACAACACGUCCUCGACCGACAACAACACGUCCUCGACCGACAACAACACGUCCUCGACCGACAACAACACGUCCUCCACAACAACAACUCGUCCUCGACCAACAACAACUCGUCCUCGACCGACAACAACACGUCCUCGACCGACAACAACACGUCCUCGACCGACAACAACACGCCCUCGACCAACAACAACACGUCCUCGACCAACAACAACACGUCCUCGACCAACAACAACACGUCCUCAAACAACAACUCGUCCUCGACCAACAACAACAACGUCCUCGACCAACAACAACACGUCCUCGACCGACAACAACUCGUCCUCGACCAACAACAACUCGUCCUCAAACAACAACUCGUGGUUACUUACCGCCAUCGCGAGGGUCCACAGCUGCCACGCCCACCAACACUCAGGCCUCCUCCCCACACCCGACCUUCUUCCCGAGCUUCUUCCCGUUACCCAGAGGCGCCAUCCCUAUCGCCUUCCCUGGCAGCGACGGACACAACGGAGGGAGUGGUUUUCUCCCUCCUCCAGUUAUUGGCGUAAACACUUUCGGCAGGAGACUCAACAGUAACGCGUUCGGUAGGAGAAUUAACACUAACGGUAAGACAGACAACAGUAACAACGGAAACAAGGCUACUACCAACAGAAGCACCGACGACUUUGGCAGAAAAAUCAACAGUGGUAAAUUUGGAGGUUCGGGAUCAGGAACGAAGAACGAGAUAAACACAGUAACUAAUGAUAAAUCUAAUAACGGGAACAACAAUAAUAACAACGGAAGAAACAACAACAACAAAGGCUAUAAUAGAAACAACGAUAACGUCAACACAAACAGAGAAAACAGUAACACCGCCUCGAGAAACAACGGCAAAGCUAUCAACGGAAAUAACGACAAUAACGGUAAUAACGGUCAGCGGGGAGAUAGGAAGAAUUACGCUUCAUCUCAGUCAAUAGGAAAUCAGGUCAACGGGGAAGACCUAUCAGAAAAGGAUGUCCUAUUUAAUAAUGGCUUCUCCUUCUUUGAGUUUAAGAGACUAACCACGACACCCAGGCCUACAACCACGACGACGACAACUAGCAGCACGGGAUCCACCGCUACCACAACACCUUCACCCUUCUUCAGACUCACUACGACUACGCGGGUCCCCAUCAGUAGCACAACAGAACACGAGUACGACAGAGAGGCGGGUCCUGCUUAUAUCCCAGUACCUGGUCUUACGGCUCUUGUAGCGGACGCCCCAGUGCCGCCCCAGGGUCGUUCAGUAGAGGCAGCAUCAACACGACCUUCCACACUGGGAACGACGACCCCUCGACGACCUGCCACUCCUACAGUUCCAAUCACAACUCUAAGACCAUCGUCAGUACCUAUCAUCACUACAGAGCUCUCACCGUUCUUCAAAUUCUUCGGGAGAAAGAUUUGA